AAUAAAUAAGUGUUAUCAGAAACGAAGAAUUGAAGAAAUAGUAGAUCAAAUGAAAAGUACCGAGGCACAAACUGCAGAGGAACUUAAUGCAGCAAAAGAUGAAAUUAAAACUGUAAAAAAUGAUCUAAAAAGCUUUUACCAAAAACAACUAGAUGCUAUGCUGGCAGAAAAAAUAUCGGAUUAUCAGCGUAAAUUAGAUGGUAUUGUUAAAAUUACAAAUGAAGAAAAUAAAUUUUUAAAACUUCAAAUGAAAAACCAAAUAGUUAAUUUUAAAGAAAAGUAUGAAAAAGAAAAGGCACAAAUCAAUUCUAAACACAAAGAAGAAUUAGAACAUUUCGAAGAACUUAUAAAAGAUAAAUUGGAAUGUAUUUCUGCAUUAGAAAAACGUUUAGAAGCUGAAGUUCAAGAAAAGAGACAGUUAGUUAAAAGUGUUAUGGGAGUUGUAAAAAAUGUGAACAUAGAUAGUCAAUCAAAUUCAAAAAUAAACAGUGAUAUUAAAUAUCAAAGAAAAAGACCCAAUAAUAAUAGUAAUUCAUCUUCAAAAUUAGAAGAUGAUUUUUCAUUUUUUGAACAAGAACGUUUAUUGCACCAAGUGACUCCAACUGAAUUAAGAAAGCAUAUUGAAAUCCUCUUAAAUAAAAGUCCUGGAAAUCCUUUAGCAUAAACAUAAACGUUUAAUUGUACUGUAAAUUAUUUUUUGAAUACUGAGUAAAAU